UGCAAAUCGGGCCAGAGCCAGACGCUGGGUACUGACGACAGUGACAAAAAGUACAAAAGCAAAGGCGAAACCCAAAAUCUGUCUGUAGUUUUUAUUCGGUAUCUCGCGAGAAAAUCUCUAUUGCAAAAACGCCAACAUCAAGGACCAGUUAUAUCUAUUUCGUGUUUGGACUGCGUGAAUGCAAUAAUCUUUGCAGUGCUGUCACCAAAAGAGAAUGUCUGGGGACCUGGUUGGUGUUUGGGAAGUAGCUCUGAGUGAUGGGGUCCAUAGAAUCGAAUUUGAGCAUGGGACAACUACAGGCAAACGUGUCAUUUGUAUUGAUGGAAAGGAAGUUGUGAGAAGGGAUUGGAUGUUCAAACUUGUUGGAAAAGAGACAUUCAAUGUGGGUGGGACAGACACAAAAGCCACAAUAAAUAUUGAUGCUAUCAGUGGUUUUGCUUAUGAAUAUACUUUGGAGAUCAAUGGGAGGAGUCUCAAGUCAUACAUGGAGAAUAGAUCGAAGAUCACCAACACAUGGCUGCUAAAUCUUGAUGGAGCUGACUGCAGAAUAGUCUUAGAGAAAGACACGAUGGACAUAUGGUGCAAUGGCCAGAAGAUGGAGACUGCAGGAGAGUUUGUAGAUGAUGGCACUGAGACACACUUCAUGAUCGGUGACCAUGAUUGCUGCAUCAAGGCUGUGAGCAGUGGCAGGAGAAGGGAGGGCAUCAUCCAUUCUCUACUGGUGGAUGGUACUGAAAUUUCAUCAUCCCCCGAAUAAUAAAAACCAGUUCAGAAGUGAACGUUGAACUUAAAGUAUGUACCUGAAGGACAGAAUUUUCACAAAGUUAUUGCUACACUGACAGUAGAAUGGACUAGAGAUGGCAAAAGUAAGUGGCAGAAGUGUUUAAUUGGUAUUUCACUAAGGAAUGUAAAUUAUACAAUUACAUCGUUAACUGAUGCUGUUCGGUUAGCAUGUGAACAAAUGUUUAGCUCGUUUCAGGGUAAUCUAUACACUAGCUAUAUUUAUAAUAUUAAACUAAUGUAUUUUUGUCACACUUGUGUGCACACAAAAUCAUUCCAUUCAAUCAAAGAUCUCUGUUGUUAUACACAUUUGUGUACGUAAUUUAUAUUUUUCCAGGAGUAUUUUUUAACAAAUAUUUUGCAGAACUUUAUAAGUAAGGAUAAACCUGAUUAGACAUGCAUUAAAAUGUUCAAAAUGAAAGUGCAAAGUAAAGUAAAUGUAAGAGUUUGUAGUGUUUAUUGACAUUUUGCUGAUCUUGGACAUGGAGUUCUGUAACAGCGCAGCACAGGAAUGUGCAAAACAUAUACUUUGUUCAAAAUAACACUGCAGAAUCAAGCUAUUUAAUACAAAUUUGAUUGUAUAAUGUUUUGCAUAUAUCAUACAUGUUAUUGUAGGGGUGAACAAAGAGCUAUUUACCACUGUGAAAUUCAUAGAAAUUUUAAGCAUUUGAGUACUUGGGAUGUGGGGAACUUUAUUUUUUCACUGCAUUAACACCGUUUAUCAAGACUGUGGGCUUUGCAGCUCACAUUCCAUUCAUGUUCAGGGCACUGACAGGUAUGGAGAAGAGAAACUGAAUACUAAUAAGGGACAUUAAUGAAGACAUACAGCAGCAUCUGUAGUAGUAUUUAAUUGAGCUCAUUAAAUUAAUUAAAAGUUAGACCAAGAUAGGCUGGUAUAAACUAAAAUAGUAGGUCUUCGGUCUGGAUUUAUUUACUGAGACCACAUGCUAAGUAAAAUGUAAUACAUGUGCCAGAAUUCAUCUUUUGUGUGAUCUGCGAGUGUAAUGUCUGUUCGAUGUGACACUUUCAUUUUUAGCCAUUUUAUCCAGGGCCUGUGUCUGUUGCAUUAUCAAUAUUGGCAAUAAACUACACUUAGAUGUACUGCUCUAAAGUUUGUAACAACUUGUGGUAUCUCGUAAUAACCGUCUCUUGGACAAUUGUUACAGUAAGCCAUAGAUAGAAGGCAAUUAAAAUGAUCCAAAAAUGA